UGUUCGGUGUUACAGUCGCAUAGACACGUGUAAGCGCUGCAGUUUAGACUAUAGAGCUCGCUCUUCUUCUACUUCACAAUUUCACUUAAUUUUCAGAGGAUCAGAGCUCUCAUGAUUCACUAACACUCGGUCUUUGAGUUCUUCUGGGUCACAUUAAUCAGGUUCUUGUCUUCCUUUUGUUUUGAGUUCCUUAGCAUGCAUCUAUGUAUUUUUUUUUUUUGACAACUAUGCAUCUAUGCAUCUAUGUAUUUGAUUACCAAAAAAAAAAAAAAAAAACUGUGCAAAACGAUAAAGGAAUGGGAAAUUCAAGUUGAAUUCUUUUUCAUCAUUAUGUAUGAAAUUGUAAUCUUAGUGUUUGUUACCAUUGAUGAACUGUUGCAGAGAGAAUAAUGUCUAGAUAUGUGAAGAUACAUUUGGUGAGAUUGAUAUUAUAUUUACAUUUUGUGAUUAUGGAGAGGUCUUACAAUUAAUUUUUGGGCGUUUUAUAUUUUUCAGACGAGUAUAUAACUAUAUAUAUGUAUUUAAUUUCCUGUGCUUCAUUAGCAUUUUUUUUGUACCUAUCAGACUGUAAAUUAAGCGUUCCUUUACAUUUGGUGAUGCAUCAGACCUUAAAUGGAUAGUUCUUACAAAUAACUUUUGGGCGCUUUUUAUUGUUCAAACGAGUAUAGAUGUAUUUUCCUGUACUUCACUGCUUCCAGCUUCUAUGUAGCUGAAGUAAAACAAGUGUUUAUCUCUGAACUUUUCAUGGAGUUGAAAUCUUCGAGUUUGUAAGUUGGGACUUGACAAUGUUUUUUCCUUUUUAUAAACCAUCAGGGUACAAAUGGAUUUGGAUUCUAAGAGACAAGCAAUAGCUGAAGAUAGGAUCAGUGCAUUACCAGAUGCAAUUCUAUGUCACAUACUUUCCUACUUUGAACCGGAAUAUAGAAAAUGUGCUGUCCGAACCUGCAUUUUGUCCAAAAGGUGGAAGAACAUAUGGCCUUAUGUUCUCAAUCUCUACUUAAACUAUGAAGAUUUCUCCUCCUCUGCUGAUUUUAUAGCAUUUGUUGACCGUGCACUUCUCAUUCGUGACUCAUUAUCCAUUCAAAAGUUUCAUCUUCAUUUCAACGGUUGUCAAGCUGAGGAUUUCCCACGCAUUGGUAGUUGGAUUCGCAGUGCCAUCAGGUGUAAGGUUAUAGAACUAUAUCUUUCUGUUGAUUCAGAUAGAGAAGAUAUGUUUGAGUUGCCUGAAAGCCUUUUGACUUGCGAAACACUCAUGGUUUGGAAGCUCUGGUCAAAUUACAUUAUCAAAAUUCCUAAAGCAGGGUGUUACCCAAGUCUCAAGUCUUUAGAUGUUGAGUUUAUGUAUCCUAGUCUCUUCAAUCCAGAUAAUGAUGUGAUGGAUUUUUCUCAGUUCCCUGCCCUUGAAUAUUUGAGGAUCAAUGGAUAUCUUGGAAUCAAAAGUUUUAAUUUCAUCAUUUCUGUGCCUGAAUUGAAGACGUUAAGGAUAAGUCUCUCCCAGGAAAAUGGUCGUUAUAAUGUACACAAUUUUUAUAUUAAUGCCCCACAGCUUGAAAGGCUUGAUGUCCAGGAGGACUUUUUGUCAAAUUAUGUCUUUGUGAAUACAACAUCCCUAGUGGAGGCCAAUAUUCAUUCCUCUGCGAAACGUGCAAGAAAGUUUCUGGCUGGAAUUUCCAGUGUUAAAUGUCUGACUAUUUCAUCUUCUUUCUCUGUGGCUUGUUCUGCGGCUGCUUUUGAUAAUUUGCGUGAGUUGAAGGUGGUUCUUGAGAUGGACUAUUUUAAGUGGAGUUUACUGACCAAGGUGCUGGGGAAAUUAUCUAAUCUAGAGUCCCUUGUGGUGGAACAUGAGAGAUAUGAGACGCCCUGCCAUCAUGGAGAUUCUGAAUUGGUGAUUGAACUUGAUGAGUGUAAAGAAGCUAAAGAAGUUUUUGCAGACGUGCUGCGUUGGAGUCCACCAGAGUUUGUGCCGAACUGUUUGCUGUCACACCUCAAGACCAUCUGCAUAAAGGGGUUCAAGGGAAAGGGAUUCUUUGGAUAUCAAGAUGAGAAGGAAGUGGUUAAGUACUUGUUAAAGAAUGGCCAAGUUUUGCAGAGGAUGACUAUUUAUUCUCCUGGUCUUUCUAGGAGUGCAGAAGAGGCGUUGCAUGAGGAAUUUUCAACUCUUGAAAGGGAUUCAAACACUUGUCAAAUUGAGCUCGUCACAGAGAUUGCUUGUUGGUGUCCGUGAUGAAGCCAUACUGUUAUCAAAGUUGUAAGAUGCAAU